AUGGCUGAUGACAAACAGAUACUGUUGCUGGCAAAAAUAGACCCGGAGGUUGGCGAGCCGAAAGCUGACGAUCUUUAUAAUCUCGGAACCGUAGCAACCAUUCUACAACUGCUUAAACUACCCGACGGCACGGUUAAAGUGCUGGUUGAGGGCGGACAGCGCGCCAGUGUUGCAGAAUUUAACUUCAGCGAAGAUUACAUACAGGCAAGCGUUACGUUACACGACGAGCCCGAAAUCGAUUCCCGUGAGGGAGACGCCCUGGCACGCACGCUGUUGGCUCAAUUCGAACAAUACGCUCAAGCCAGUAAAAAAGUGCCUCAGGAAGUUCUAUCUUCACUUUCCAGUAUUGACGACCCGACACGCCUGGUAGACACCAUUGCAGCGCAAAUGUCAUUGAACAUCAGUGAUAAACAAGCUGUUUUAGAGGCAUUACCACUGCAGGAACGGAUGGAUCUGCUGCUUGAAUUGAUGGAUGCAGAACUCGACGUUCUUGAAAUGGAAAAGCGUAUUCGCGGGCGCGUUAAAAAGCAGAUGGAGCAAAGCCAGCGCGAGUACUAUCUGAAUGAGCAAAUGAAAGCCAUCCAGAAAGAAAUGGGCGAAAAUGAGCAGGGUGAAGUCGAGGAACUGCAGAAAAGCAUCGACAACUCCGGAAUGCACAAAGAAGCCAAAGAAAAAGCCCAGGCUGAGUUAAAUAAACUUAAGUUGAUGGCGCCCAUGUCUGCCGAAGCUACCGUUGUUCGUAGCUACCUCGACUGGAUCGUCAACGUACCGUGGCAGAAGAAGAGCCGGGUACGCAAAGACCUUGCAGCAGCACAGAAAAUUCUUGAUGAAGAUCACUACGGCCUAGAAGAAGUCAAAGACCGUAUAAUUGAAUACCUUGCGGUACAGAACCGCGUAUCGCGCAUGAAAGGACCGGUACUUUGUCUUGUUGGUCCACCCGGCGUGGGUAAAACCAGUCUUGGCGAAAGCAUUGCACGGGCUACAAACAGAAAAUUUGUACGCAUGGCCCUGGGUGGCGUGCGGGAUGAAGCGGAAAUCCGCGGCCACCGCCGGACCUACAUUGGUUCGAUGCCAGGCAAAGUCAUCCAGAAAAUGUCCAAGGCUGGCGUUGCCAACCCUCUGUUUCUGCUUGAUGAAAUUGACAAGAUGGGUAUGGAUGUUCGCGGCGACCCGGCGAGCGCACUAUUAGAAGUGUUAGAUCCUGAACAGAACAACACGUUCAACGAUCACUACCUUGAAGUCGACUAUGACUUAUCCAAGGUGUUUUUUAUCUGCACCUCGAACUCGAUGAACAUACCCGCGCCGUUACUCGAUAGAAUGGAAGUGAUCCGCUUACCGGGUUAUACCGAAGACGAAAAGCUGAAUAUCGCCAAGCGUUACCUGGUACCGAAACAGACCAAAGCCAACGGAUUAUCUAAGGGUGAGUUGGAAAUUACCGAUGAAGCCUUAUUGGACAUUGUCCGCUACUACACCAAAGAAGCGGGUGUGCGCGGUUUAGAGCGGGAAAUUGCGAAGCUGGCACGCAAGAUCGUGAAAGCCCACGCGCUAAAAAAAUCCAAGGGUGCUGCUCGUAUUGAUGCUGACGACCUUGAAGAAUACAGCGGCGUGCGGCGCUUCAGUUAUGGUUUAGCCGAAGAGGAAAACCACAUCGGUUUGGUCACCGGUUUAGCCUGGACCCAGGCCGGCGGUGAAUUACUAAACAUCGAAGCCGUUGCAGUGCCGGGCAAAGGGAGGCAGACAAAAACCGGCUCCCUGGGCGACGUAAUGCUUGAAUCGAUUCAGGCGGCACUGACAUUUGUUCGCAGUCGCUCGGUCUCGUUAGGACUCGCCGAGGACUUUCACGAAAAAUUCGACUUGCAUGUGCAUGUGCCGGAAGGCGCAACACCUAAAGAUGGGCCCAGCGCAGGCAUCGGCAUGUGCACCGCGGUUGUCUCCGUGGUUACUGGUAUCCCCGUACGCGCCGACGUCGCCAUGACAGGUGAAAUCACCCUGCGCGGCCAGGUAUUGCCCAUAGGCGGCCUGAAAGAGAAAUUACUCGCCGCACACCGUGGCGGUAUCGCGCAUGUCAUUAUUCCCGCCGACAAUGAAAAAGACCUGAAAGAGAUACCUGACAACGUCAAAGCUAACCUGACCAUACACGCCGUCAAGUGGAUGGAUGAAGUUCUCGAAAUUGCGCUCGAGCGUGUUCCGCAGCCAAGAUUGAUAGAUACUGAGACGGCAGCACAGGGUGACAAUCAGUCCGAAACCCGCGCAAUGUCGGUAUCCAACAAAUACCCGCUAAGCAAUACACAAGAGGGGCUUAAUGUGAAUAAAGCAGAGUUGAUUGACCGCAUCGCGGAAUCAUCAGAUAUAUCCAAAGCGGCCGCAGGCCGUGCAUUGGACGCCGCGAUCGACGCAAUUACUGACUCGUUGAAAGAUGCAGAUCCGGUAUCGCUGGUUGGUUUCGGUACCUUCCUGGUUCGGGAGCGCGCCGCGCGCACCGGGCGCAACCCACAAACAGGCGCUGAGAUUCAGAUUGCAGCUGCCAAAGGCACCGGUUUCAAAAUCCUGGUAGGUGCCAUCAUUGUGGUGCUGACGCUAUUUGGAUUUGGUGCUACCAACUUGUUCAUGGGCGGUGAUCCUGAACUUGCCCAGGUGGGCAGUUUUUCCAUCACUCAGAACCAGCUGGCGACUGAGACAGAACGCGAGCGGCAGCGAUUACUGAGCCAGAUGGGUCCAGACUUUGACCCCAGCAACAUCGAUCGAUUGCAGCUGCAGGAAUACGUCCUGCAACAAUUAAUCAAUCGCCAGGUGCUUUACCAGGCGACAGAUGAGCUGGGCAUUGCCGUUUCUCCAGAGACCGUCAACGAUGAGUUGAUCAACAGUCCAGCUUAUCAGGUUGAUGGUCAGUUCAAUGAAGCGAUCUACAGGCAGCAGCUAAGAGCGCUCGGUUACACGCCGUUAUCCUUUGUUGAAGAAUUCAGCAACGCACUAAGCGCAGAAACGCUGCAAGCCGGCGUCUACGGAUCUGUCAGCAUGCCCGAUUGGGAACUUGCGGAAAUUGUGAGAAUAAUUUCUCAACGGCGGGACAUCGCCUACCUCCCUCUGACGGUUGAACAAUUCAGCGAAAGUGUCGAAGUCACCGAGGAUGAGGUCACACUGCGUUACAACGAGAAUCAGAGUGACUACAUGACGCCCCUUACCGUUGACGUCAGCUACCUGCAGAUGAGUGCGGAAGAUCUGGUGGACGACAGUUCAAUUGAAAUCACCGAAGCGGACCUUCUGAGUCUGUAUGAGGACGAACGCGCACUUGCACUGGCAGACGAGCAACGUGAUAGCGCUCAUAUCCUGAUUCAGAUCAAUCAGGACCGCAGCGACGCAGAAGCGCUUGCUGCCAUUACAGAUAUCCAGAACCGUAUCGCCGCCGGAGAAGAUUUUUCUGAGCUGGCUAAACAAUACAGUGAAGAUGCGGGUUCUGCUGUCGCUGGCGGCGACCUCGGGCCCGCGGGUAAAGGCAUAUUUGACCCGGCCUUUGAGAACGCUUUGUGGAACUUACAGGAACCUGACGACAUCUCCGAACCUGUGCUUACGAAUUUUGGUUACCACCUUAUUCAGCUUAAAAAUAUUGUUGUACCCGAGUACCCUGAGUUCGACACGAUGAAGGAGCAGUUGACGCUCAGAGCGCGUGAAAUUCAGGCUCAGGAUCUGUUUAUUGAUAAAGCUCUGGAACUGGAAAGGGCUGCAUAUGAUGAGCGUUUUUCAUUAGACAACACAGCCGCCACGAUGGGUUUAUCCGUCACAAAAGUGCCAGGCGUCAGUCAGUCCGGUGGCAAUGAAGACCCAUUACUGUUGCUGAUGAAAUACGUGGUGACCUGGUGCGCGAAAAAGCGCUCGCAGCAAUUGAGGCAGCAAAAGCAGAAGGCAUGCAACGUCUCUCCGCGGGAGAAAGCGUGA